AUGCAGGUCCAACUAAUGUUUAAGAAUCAAUUCCACCAGUUCCAAUUCGAUGCUGGCGCUACAUUAGCGAGCUUGAUGUCUGAAAUUGCUUCUAAAUUAAACGUCCCAGUUGAAUCGCAAAAAAUUAUCUGCAAAGGGAAAUCUCUGACGGCACCGAUGGAGCCGCUUGUUGAUGGAAUGAAGCUGCUACUAAUGGCUACAAGUGCUCCACCAGUCAUGAAUACAAAUCCGCCCCCGGCCAACACGCGGAAAUACUCACUCUUUGUCCCGACAAUUAUAGAUACACUCAAAGAGCCAUAUCAUCAGGAAAUUAUUAAACUCGGACCACCUGAAGGUUAUAUUAAACCAAACAAAUUCCAGACAACUGUUUUGCCACAGCAACUUAUGUAUGUUCGUGAAGGUACCGGAAAGCGCUCUAUACUUUCGUUCGAAUCAGAUGCUCUAUUUUUGCAAAAUGAUGAUGGGACAGUUGAAAGGAUUUUCUUCACAGAAAUAGUUAAAACUGCCGUUCUUACAAUUCCAGACUCAGAUGGUAACUUCGUUGCACUAGGAAUGAUAACAAAGUCUGGCAACAAAUGGAUUUAUUUCAUAGCAAGUCAAUAUACAAACCUCAUUAAGAGCUUGUUUCACUCAUAA